GCUUCAUGCGGGGCAGUGAAAAGCUCUCAGGUCCACUCUGCACGCUGAUCCAUGAAGGUGGAAGACCGACAUUCAGCCUGCGCUUCUACAGCAUAUUGAUUAGCAGCAUAUUAGAUUAGCAGCUGUAAGCAUGGUGGUGUGAGUGUGUGUGUGUGUCAUUUGGUGUGUUUGGUUUGCCUAUUUUCAGACUCCAGUGACUGUGUUGGGAACCGACAACGAAAAAGAGAUGAUUGAACUGGGCCUCGCUGAUGGCAGCCUUAUCGAUGAGCUGAUGGAGCUGACGGCUCAGAGCCUCGGCCACCUGGAGAUCCAGGAGCACUUCAACAUCAUCAAGGAGAUUGGCAGAGGGAAAUACGGCAAAGUGCUGCUGGUCACACAUCGCUUCAGGGGGACGCCCAUGGCCUUGAAAGUGAUGCCCAAAGCCUCAACUAAGCUGCAGGGCUUUCUGCGAGAGUACUGCAUCUCCUUACACCUGUCCUGCCACCCCUGCAUCGUGGGCCUCUUUGGCAUUGCCUUCCAGUCUAAUGAACACUACUGCUUCGCACAGGAGCUUGUCAUUGGGAGGGACUUGUUUGCUGUCAUCCAGCCAAAGGUGGGUAUUCCAGAGUCUUCUGUAAAACGCUGUGUCCUCCAGAUCGCCAGUGCUUUGGAGUUCAUCCACAGCCAUGGUCUGGUCCAUCGUGACGUCAAGCCUGAGAACAUCCUCCUGCUGGACAGUCAUUGCUGCCAGGUCAAGCUGGCAGACUUUGGCCUGGCCCAGAAGAGAGGCACCAUGAUACGAUUCAUCACAGGAACCCUGCCCUACAUGGCCCCAGAGCUUUGUAGCGUGGCCCUGCAGGAGGGUGAGAAAGAAGCGUCUGCCCCUCCACUUAGUGUGGAGCCGAGCCUGGACACCUGGGCUUUUGGAGUGGUUAUCUUCUGCAUCCUCACGGGCUACUUCCCCUGGGAGCGCUGCAUGGACUCAGAUGACUUCUACCAGGAGUUUGCUGACUGGUGCAGAAUGGAGGAGAGGCCCAACACUGAAGAGGACGUCCCUCCUCUGUGGAAAAGGUUCACCCCAGAUGCCAUGGAGAUGUUUGGUAAGCUCCUGGAUUUGGAUGCAGGGAAGAGGUGUACAGUGGGGGAAGUGAGAGCCUAUGUGGAGAAGGACUGGCUGAAGAAGGCACCUGAGAGCGAGCAGCAGCAAACCACAGAAAAAGAAUAAUCUUUGGCAUAGUGAGGUGGAGGAACAUCCUAAUGCUUAGUGACUUGUAUUCCUGUGUUACUGCAUAAUCUAUAGCUUCCUUAAGCCUUAGUAUCAUUUGAGUCAAUAGUUGUGUCCCAAUUCAGGGUCUGCAUACGAACAUAUGGCCUUUCAUAGCCGUUACAGACGAAGGCCGAACCGAAAUGAGACUGUCUGGCUCACAGAGGGUUUCCGCUCCCAUCGCCUAGCAACCUUGACAACAUGUAACUUUUUUUUUUACAAAAACUUGAGGUUUCAAGGCCGUUGAUUUUUACAGUUGCAUCAUUACUGGCGCACAAUGAAUCCUGGGAUAGGUUGGAGCCUCUGUUGCCUGGUAAAAGAAGCUGCAUCUGAAGGAGCCUUCAAAGUCGGACAACCAUCGGUCUUUAAAUACUGCCUCCGAAGGAUGUGGCCCCUGAGUUGGGACACAGCUUCUAUUAUAAAGGCCUUAAAGUGCCUGAUAUCCAGCAUGCAUGGUCAUGUAUACAGUGUCCAUAUAAAAGAUAGUUUAAAAGGGAUGUGCUGGUAGCCAAAUGAUUCAGACAUAACAAAUGUAACUGCAGUAUCCCUGAUUCGAUUCCAGCUGACAAACUCUCUCUCCCCUUGUAUCCUCCUCAAUAAAGUGUUUGAGAAAAAAAAGGACGUGACAGAAACAAGACUCCACAGAUGGUGUUUUUUCAGAAAUGAUUAAGUCUGUGGUGACUGAGAAAAGUAGCUCACUAAGUGGUACUGAACUAAUGAGUAAUUUAAAUUAUUCAAAUGAGUAAAUUAAAAGAAAAAUGAAUUUGAAUUUCAUGAAUGAAUAUUUCAGUUUCAGCUCCUGCUCUGUUCAGUACAUGUGGUGUGAAAUUACUACGCUUUAAUUAUUCGGAUGUGAUGCAGGAUAUGAAGCCAUCACAUUUUUCAUACUGUGACUUUAAAGUUCUGUGUUAAGACAUUUUUACAGCAAAGGACGAACUGUUUGUUGUCACUGGGUCAACCAGAGACUGGAUUGUUUGCAGUUAGAUCAUUGUCAUAUACAUUAUUAACUUUGACAUAUGGGAUUUAUUAUUUUUGUGUGAAUUAGCAUGUCCUCUUGUUUACUUGCAGGUCAGCUCAAGUUCACUGAUAGAUUUUGCCCUAAACUGCAACAUAUCUUACAGUCUGAGAUUUGAUAUAAAUGCUGGAUGCAUGUAUAUUAAUUAUAAGCUGUCCAAGAUAAACUUUUAUCGUAUUGAAAGUGUCUUUUUAUUUUGUUAUUGUUUUUGGUUUUUUUUCAUUUUUCUUUUGUCAAACUCAUGACUAUACGACACCUAUUUUGGAUUUAAAAAGAUCAUGUAUCAUUGUACAGAGCAUUGUAUGUAUGGGCAUGCCGUGAAAGCAUGUAGAAGGAAAAUCAAAUAAAACCUAUGCAUCCAUCCACUCUCUUUUCAGCCACCCUCUCAGGCAGAAAACAUAUAAUCCUCUUCGAAGCCAGCUCCAUGACCCGACUCAGAUCUCUGGUCCAGCUGGUUCUCCACUGACAGACUUCGUGCCGUUGUCCAGCAUGUCAGUCUCUGAGGAGGACAGCCUCCAACUUGGCUCGAAGUCUGAACCUGCUUGCCCCCCCCCCCCCAUCAUCCUUUACAGCAUAUUUAGGGCAUUACACUAACCAGGGUCAUCUUUCCACUGACCCCUGGACUUGACACAAUAUAUUACAGACACUAAUACAGCCAAGGCAAAUCCAACCGCAAAGCCUGUGUUGGCAUUUGACUCACAAACUAUCUGUGCUGGUGUUCACACACAUAACAGAGCCUGUGUUUAGAAAGAUUAAAAUAAUGUUUUGCAUGCCGGUUCUGUGUAAUAAGGUGUUAAAGACAGUAUAUUAAUGUGAUUGACUUUUAAGGUUUAGCCUUUCGAAAAACAAAAAUUAAAAACACAAUAUUUAAUUUUUCUAAGCUUCAGAACGCAGAUUUUUUUUUUUUUAAGUUUUGCACAAGUGUGAGAGAUUGUGCUUUCCUGUUGAAUCUAACAGUGCAAACUCUUAAUGUUAGACGAAAGAGAUUAAUAUAAUUUCCAAGAGGUCUAGUCUUAUCAGCACAUGAUUUCCGUUGCAUGUCAAAUAAAGAUGGUUUUGUGCUCUUAGGAGAGGCACUGUGGUCAUGGUCUUAUCUAAAUGGCUGUCACGUUUCUGGAGGACUUCAAGUACACGUGAAUAAAUCAUCAUGCACUGUAAAAGAUGGAUGCACACGUCUUUGUAAACAGGGCCGUUGGUGUCCCAGGCCAGGUAUACUUGUUGUAGUUGUGUAUUGUGUACACCUGCUUUACAGACUGGAUGUCCUUGUAUCAAC